AUGUGCCUCAACUACGAGGUGCGCGUGCUGUGCUGCAAGACCCCUGAAGGCUGCCCCCUCUCCUCCAUGAUCCCGUACGUGACUUCACCCAGCAAGACCUCAUUUCUGGCACCGUCCUCUUCUGCCCCAUGGUGGCCCAGCUCUACAGCUUCCUCUCAUCGAAGCUGCUUCUGCAGUGUUUCUGGCCAGCUCUACCGCGCGGGAUCUGUCAUUUACCGCCAGACAGACCUCACUGGCCACUGCUAUCAUGCCCUGUGCAACCAGGACUGCCAAGUGAUCAGAAGGGUGGACCAGGACUGUCCCUCCACCACGCCGCCCCCCACUCCAGCCACAACCUCUGUGGGGACCUCCACCUCUGCUCCUGUCACUACAGGGGGUUGCCCAAAUACAAUUCCCCCGAGAAAGAGAGGCGAGACCUGGGACAUGCCCAACUGCUCUCAGGCCACCUGCGAAGGCAACAACACCAUCACUGUGAGACCCCGCAAGUGCCCCCAAGUGAAGAAACCCACCUGCGCCAAUGGCUACCCGGCUGUGAAGGUGUCCAGCCAAGACGGCUGCUGCCAGGACUACCAUUGCCAGUGUGUGUGCAGUGGCUGGGGUGACCCCCACUACAUCACCUUCGAUGGCACCUACUACACGUUCCUGGACAACUGCACCUACGUGCUGGUGCAGCAGAUCGUGCCUGUGUACGGCCAUUUCCGUGUGCUCAUCGACAACUACUUCUGCGACGCCGAGGACGGGCUCUCCUGUCCCCAGUCCAUCAUCGUGGAGUACCACCAGGACCGGGUGGUGCUGACCCGCAGGCCAGUGAACGGGGUGAUGACCAACCAGAUCAUCUUCAACAAGAAGGUGGUGAGCCCUGGCUUCCAGAAGAACGGCAUUGACGUCUCCCGCAUUGGCAUCAAGAUGUACGUGACGAUCCCAGACAUCGGCGUCCAGGUCAUGUUCACCGGCCUCAUCUUCUCGGUGGAGGUGCCUUUCAGCAAGUUUACCAACAACACCGAGGGGCAGUGCGGAAUGUGCUGGGCACCCCAAGCCACAUGCCUGAGGCUCUCACCUGUCCCCAACAAGAGGAAGCAGCCGUUCUAUGAAGGCUGUGUCUUCGACCACUGCCACAUGAACGACUCAGCGGUGGUGUGCUCCAGCCUGGAGCUGUACGCCUCGCUCUGCACGUCCUCCGGCGUCUGCAUCGACUGGAGGGACCACACCAAUGGCACAUGCUUGUUCACCUGCCCUGCUGACAAGGUGUACCAGGCCUGUGGCCCAUCCAACACCUCGUACUGCUACGGAAAUGACAGCACCAACCUCCUGGUUCUUCAGGAGGCUGGCACCCUCACAGAAGGCUGCUUCUGUCCCGACGGCGAGACCCUUUUCAGCACCAGUAUCAACGUCUGCGUGCCCCAGGCCUGCAGCUGGUGCCUGGGGCCCCACGGAAGGCUGGUAGAG